UACAAUAAUGCAAUGUUACUUUUUAUGUCUUUGCUCUUAUUUACAAGAAUAGCAUGGUGUAAUCAUGUGGGCAGUACUUUAUUCUACAAUAGGCUUGGUAGGGCUGGAUGCUGGACUCAGGAAGACAUAGCUCGUUUACGAGCCCGGAAAAUAUUCGAAGACAACUUUAUACCACCAGUUAUACCACUGCAAAGAGUGAAUGAUGAUUACAUUAAAGAGACUCUGAGGUAUUUUCAAAACGCGUUAAAAUCAACUGAAAAGGGCUUAGAUAGGCAAACUGCGGCAAUAUUGGAAGAUGUCUUGAUGGAUACCAUAGGAGCGCAUAUGAGAAGUGAAAUACUUCCAACCGUAAGAUUUGCCUUUUACGCCGGAUAUGUUCCCUACAGGAGAGUAAGAGAAUUGCACGACUUUUAUGAGCAGCUGAAGGAGUCCCUUAACACGCAAGGCUUGGGGUGGAACAGACCUUCGAGGGUACCAAAACUUUCAAAUAUAACUGUUGAAAAAAUUCGAAUAGGACCUGGGAAAUAUUAUUCAGACCCAUGUUCAAAUUUAGUGACUAAACGCGAUGCGAAUUCUUGUAUUCAUUUGCCGCCUCUUGAAACGGACGAUGGGUUACUACCAUCUGCAUUAAAACUACCUUUCAAAAGCGGCGGCUUAGUCAGCCUAACGUCGCCGAAAUCGCAAAAUAUUUUACUGAAAUACUACUCUACCGCCUCGAGGUGCAUAUUACAUAAUUCACCAGAAUCAUGUCGGCACACUGAUUUUGUUAAUUUUAAUAACGAACUCUGGCAUUGGAUGAAGAAAGAUGUCGCUCCACACCUCGUUGACGAGAAUCUAUACGCGGCUUACGGGGGAGUCUUACGUAUGGCAGCUGCGGCUCAAAAUUAUGGAAAGGGUAUAUCUAGGCGGAACCUUUUCGAAUAUCAGGACCCUGAAGUGUCAAAAUGGCACCCUUGGAAAACACUAAGGCAGUCAUACGUUAGCAUUAACAGCGAUUGGACUCCUCUUUUGUAUGUCGCCGUAGUUAUGAUGAUAGGGCUCGCAAUAUGUUUAAUACAAGUAUGUUAUAGUUACCUUUUAGAUGAUAGCGGAUGUCACUGCAAAGCAACGCCAAGGCAAUCCUCUAGUUACAAAGACGUGUCAUACGCGAAUGUAGAUUCGAACUUUCCAGCAAUGUUGCCGUCGCACCAAAACGCCGUUUAUUACACCGAACAAACGCAAAGAAGGAGGUCAAGUUCUAAGAACCGAACCUCCUCGCUUGCCUCUAUACAGACACAACGAGUAUUCGAUAUGCAUGAGAACAAAGAAAAACUCAUGCCUGUUAUAAUGAAUAACGACGACGAAACUAGCGAGGACUCACCUCGUUCUAAAAGUUGCGAAAACGGUAUUGAGAAUAAUAGAGGUAUUAACGUGAGCCAAACUGUCAGGUCCAAGAGUCCACCGGAGCUGGACACACCCGUUACUCAAAUACAAAGAAAAGCACCGAAGGCUAGAGAAAAAACACAAACCCCAAUGUUCGCAACAAGCACCGUUACGAAUUCUGUGUUGACUUAUCAAAAGGGGCAAGAGACCGAAUCAUGGUCAGAGAGCGCUAGUUCAACUUCAGGGCGAUCUUUUAGUUCGACUGAUUCAAAAUACAGGCGGCGAAGGUCGCGGGGUUCACACGACUUGGAAUGGGCGCGACGCGUGAUCUCAAAGCAUUCUUUGCAUGCAAAAUCUUCAGGAACGGAACUCGACAUUAAUUCAUUUGUAACCCCGAAGUCGCAUCGGUGACAAGGAAUUAAAUAUUUAUAACUAGAGUUUAGAAGUAGUUUACAUAAUUUUUAGGAAGUUUCGUUUUGUAGAAACGUUGUGUAUGAAUUAAGACAUAUUUAUUUAAGAAAUGUUUAAAAUUUGUAAGAGCGUUAAUCGAUUUAUGUGAAGGUGAUAAACUAUUUGCAUA